UCAACCCCUCGCCUUCAACAGAGCGAACACCCCCAGACCAUCUCUUCCAAGACCUUAAUACACCUGUGUUGAGUGAACGAUACGCUAUACACAUCACAAACUCAACGAAAAGAGACACAAGAAGAAAAACAACAACCCCGUUCGUCUGUCAGUGCAACACCAGUGCUAGAAAAUCCUCAGAAUAUGCUGCGAACGCUCCGACCUCAGACCUACGAGGCCCAAAUGCCGCGACUCGUCUCAGACUUCUACGACUACAACGCCGAGGAGGACGAAUUCGCCGCCAGUCUCCUAGCCGCCCACUUCUGCGGCCUCGUGCACAGAGCUCGCAAGAACAAGCUGGCGCAGCUCACCAGAGAAUCUCAGAAUGCAGCGUCUAACGCCCAGGAUCCUGCUAUGACUCCCUGGCUCACCAAGCUUAUUCCCUCGAUGAAGACCCAGGUGCCUGUGUAUCUCCCUCGCAAUUUCGUGGCGCGAGUCGUGAGGGACGUCAUGAGGAUGAGCGAAGGAGAAGUUUAUGGCAUCAGAGGCUGCACUCUGUUCCUGGAUGUGCUCUCCGGGAACAAGAGCGUAUGUCUCGGAAAGAUCGUGUGCGACCCGAACACGCCCACGACAUGUACCAUCCACAUUCUGAUGACCCGAGUUGACCCGCCCACCGACAACGUGGGAUUCAACCUCUUCGGGAUCAAACUGCUGAACAGCCAGAAGGACGCCGUGUACAUCAGUCCCGGCUACACCGUGGAGAAAAGACGACCCAAGUGCUCGGCGCGCUAACUACUUUCUCUUGAUAUUUCUCAUCAUAUCAUGUCAGAUUGUUUCCCUUGGUAUCUCUAGUCAUGCCGUCGCAUUACUCCAUUACAUUAUCGCGUUAUCAUUGUACUCAUACAUUGUGUGACCAUCAGUGGCCUCUUCAUACCGAAAUGUGAUAUUUUUGAUAGUUUUUUAAGAAUAAAACGGUUAUGAACUUUAA